AUGGCCUUCUCCAAGGGUCUGUCAGACCGACCUGACAGUGGUCUCUUGUACCGUCCGCAACUGUCCCCACGAGAAGAUGCGCCCUACCCAACUUCUGCCACCACAUUUCCUUCGCCACUAUCGCCUUUACGAAACCUCAGCCUGGCUGCUACUGCUGCCGAAGGUCGCGGAAGCCUACAACGUCGCUUUACCACGAAUGCGCUGCCCACGCUAUCGCCUAUCGCUCAGCAGAGACGUCAGGCUGCCGAUCCCGCCAUGACGGUGAGCAUAUCUCCCAUGAUUUUUCUUGUUGAAAGAGAAGGAACCAUCUAUACCCAAGUACAGAGUUAUGUCGACGUAUACCACGCUUUAGUAGUUGUGUUGGGUCGACUUGCUGCUGUGUAUCACGGUUGCGACAGGAUUGUUGAGAUGGAACCUUUGAGCACAAAGAACAUAUGCUGA